AUGGAUACGGCAAGAUCAUCCAGCUAUAUUGCCAUUGGGCUUUCGACUACAGUUGUUAUUACAACAAUGGCCUAUAUUCCUUAUAUGCUUAUGCAAAUUGAUUCAGUCUUAGACUCAAUAAAGGUGCACAACGAUGAGUUUGAAGUGAUGGAAAUUGCAGUAAGAAUGGAGUUCAAAGGUUUGAGGGAGGAUGCUCCUCGCAAACGACGUCAAACUGAGGGCUUAUGCACGUGUAGUUCUUCUAACGAUUGCCCAUCAGGAGCCAAAGGUAUGCCAGGCGUUAGCGGUCAAGAUGGUGAUCCAGAAGGAUCUGCUGGAAAGUUAGGAGAAGUAGGCCCGCCCGGAAAUGAUGGCAUAAGGGGAGAGAAAGGACCUGUUGGAGAUAAAGGUCAAGCAGGUGAAGCUGGACCAAAAGGACCACCUGGCUACUCAGGUAGGGACGGAGGUAUUGGUUCGAUGGGACCGCCAGGACCUCCCGGUCAACCUGGAUCUCCAGGAAAUCCAGGAUUUCCAGGACCGAUGGGCCCCCCUUCAAAUGAGGGGGGACCAGGAGAGGACGCAUCGUAUUGCAAGUGCCCAUCUCGAAAGGCCAUCAAGGCGGCCCAGCGAAUCCGCAAAGUGUCGGCUUAG